AUGCUGGUUUUCCUGUUGUUCUUUGCUGCUUGUAAUGGUUUACUUCUUAAUGGAGAAGGAGGAAUUCUCCCUGAUGCCUCCCAAGACCAUCGCAUCCAAGACAUAAUGGCAGAAAUCAUCAGACUUCAGCGAGAUAUUGCUGAUUUAAACAAACAAAAUGCUGAUUUAAACAAACAAAUCGCUACUAUGCAAGCCAAAGAUCUGAGUAUUGCUUUCUUUACCUAUCUAACCAAUGAUAUGGUCAAUCCAUCUGCCGGAACAAAGAUGUCUUUUCAUGGGGUAGACACUAACAUUGGUAGUGCGUACGAUUCUACAACAGGAAUAUUUACAGCUCCUAUAUCGGGGACUUAUAAUUUUGCAUUUACUGCUUCCGUACCCCAGAACCCCUCUUCUCAUCAGGUCCAUAUUUUCUUGAAGAAAAAUGGAAAAAAUGAAAUGUAUAUUUUUCUGGAUUACCAUACUCAAUUUUGGUUACAACGAAGUUCUUCAACUGUGUUGCAUUUGAACAAAGGUGACCAAAUUUGGAUGGAAAUUGUUUCAGUCAGUGGCCAAAUUACCGUGGCGGGUUAUUCUUCCGCAGAAGAUAGAUACCACACUCAUUUUUCUGGUUUUCUCAUACAUAACACAAUGUUUGUCGUUUUCAUGCUAUGCUUUGCGGUGUCUGAGGGACUUCUUGUUAACGGAGAUGGAGGAUCCAUUCCAAAUGCUGCCUUAGAACAGCAUAUUCAAAACAUGAUGGAAGAAAUCGUACGUCUGCAGCGAGAUGUUGUGGAACUUAACAAAGAGAUAGCCAACAUGAAAGCCAAAGAUCAAAGUGUGGCUUUCUUUGCCUAUUUGGAAAACGACGUCGUGUCUCCAGCAGCCGGUACAAAGCUUGUGUUUGAGGGAACAGAACUGAACAUUGCCAAUGCUUAUGAUGCAGCGCAAGGAAUAUUCACUGCACCUACAUCGGGGACAUACCACUUUGCCUUUGUUGGUUCUUCACCAUCUGAAAGUACGCCACACGGAAUGCAUGUAUAUUUGAAGAAAAAUGGCAAAAGCGAAAUGUACGUAUUUCUGGAUGGAAACACGCAAUAUUGGCUGCAACGAAGUUCUUCUACUGUUGUUCAUCUGACUAAAGGAGAUCGAGUUUGGAUGGAGGCCAGUGGUGAUUCUACUUUAGGAGGACACAGGCAGUCUGAUAAUGCUUACCACUCACAUUUCUCUGGAUUUCUUAUCCAAGCUGACUGA